CUGUACAAUCUACCUACCAGCAGGUUUACCAUCCGACUGGUCAGUUUUUUUCUUUUUUCUUUUAUUGAUUCAAAAGCUUAUCGAGUAUAGGCUAUUCUUAUGAGACCGUCGGAUCGGUCAGAAUUACGCAGUGGAAUUGAGGGAUCCGAAUGGAAUGGCUACCGGGGCGUGACUGACAUGCGGUCCCGCCGUUCAUGCGUCCGCUUCUACAGGUCUUUCCCGGGAGACGAGUGCCAGCACAUCGGUCGAUCUCAAACUUUUGGGAGUGAUGUAUGGCAGAAUUAGUGCAUGCUUCCAUGUGCUAUCACGAGUUACUUGCUUUGAUCUUUGUAUUUGUUUUCUAUCGCUACGAUGCACAGUGGGCGACGGGCUUGAGGCGGAUGGGCUGGAUGGCAGAGACUGAGGCUGACUUGCCGGAGUGGUGGACAGUGGCUGUGGCAGUGAAACGUGUACCUGGAGUGUGGGGAUGGUAUUGAGGGUAACCUUACGCUAUGGGGAGUCAGAGCGAUGUGUUGCUAGCAAUCUCGACAGGAAUGGAAUGAUUUGAUUUAGG